AUGCUUUCAACAGAAACACUUGAGGUUGUAAGACACCAAACUAGCAUCUGGGCAGUAACGACUCGGAUUGCAGUCGUUGACGCGAUUGUCUCAGCACCUGUCGCUCUUCCAACAUCUACAGAAUACUGUAGUAUCAUUCAUUCCAAAGAUACUAAUUUUUGCCCUGGUGAUUUCGUCGGGCUCAUGAUAUGCCUUGUUGGUUUUUUCAUUGGACUAAUCAUAAAUAUUUUCGCUUGCUGUGAAGCGUCGCAGAACGAUGUCAAGGAUUUGAUCGGUUGGUUGAAGUAUCGCCCAAAAGAUGAAUGGGAAGAUAUUAUAGAUUCACGAGCCGAGGCUUUGGGUAACUGGACAGAAUGUUUACCCUACCAGGUGCAUCGUUUGAAGAAAAAGAAGAGAUCAUUGCUUUCCAUCUGUAUGUUAUGCAUUCAGAAGGUUCUGACGAUAUGCGCUAACGGUCGUAUGGCAGUUCGGGGAGCUUCAAAUGCAAUCAAACAGGAUAAUGAUGUUAACGAUUACAUACGGGGCGUGAGGGAAAUUUCGGGGUAUCAUUAG